AUGAGUAGCUCUACGAAACGUCAAAAAUCCAUCGCACCUUCUAGUAAAACAACCACCAAUUUGACUCAUUCACCAAACCUUCUACAGCUUCCACCCGAAACAUUUCUUGAAAUUAGUAAAUCUCUUGCACCAGUUGACCUACUUUCUCUUUCAUUGGUGUGUAAAACUUUCUAUAGCGAUUUAUGUUGUAGCGAGUCUAUAACAGUUCAAGAAAUAUGGCGUCAAUCAAGAUUAACUUAUAUGCCGUUCCGUUUAAUGGGACCACCUGAUGGGAUGAACGAACGAGAGUAUAUUAGAUUUUUGAUUGAGGAUAAAUGUUAUUUUUGUGGAACUAAAAUAAGUGGAGAAUUUUUUUUUAUUUCAAUGAAUAUACCGCGGCCAUUUCUUCAAAAUGGAAGUCGAAGUCAUCGUUUCUGGCGUGAUCAAGUACAGUCAAAAUAUAUUGAACUUUGUAGCAUCGCCAUUGAGGAUCAAAAUGAUUGGAUGUAUCAGCAAUAUCAACUUCGUAACGACCUUCAACGUGAAAUAGCAGAACGUCGACGUGAAGAUGUGUUAAGCAGAGAAAACCAAAGAUCUCAAAGAAUUCAGGAUAUUGGCGAUAAAUUAGAUAUAAUGUGUGAAGAAAGAGAUGAGAAUGAAGAGAUGAAAUAUCAACGAUCAAUUUUAGAAAAGUGUCCAAGUUUGCGUAGAUGUUAUACAUAUGAACGACCAUUUAGCGAACGAGGGUAA